GACACUGGUUACUACUUCCGGGUUUGUUUAGCCACUUUCGUUUUCUACCGUUUCUCUUUCCUCUUGGUUUUGUCACAACCACUCUUCCAGCCGGCGUCCCAGCCGCUCUUACCCCUGACUUGAGCCUAUUGCUGCCUCGUGCAGAGACUAAGAGAUCAGUCAAAGCCCAAUAAUGGCGUGGCGUUUUAAAGUUUCAAAAUAUAAGAAUGCUGCUCCUAAGUUUUUACGGAAAGAGGAAAAUAUCCUAGACAUCCCAGUAUCUGAUGUGGCUCAGUCGUGCGGAAAUCAUAUUAAGUCCAGCUGUGUCUACUUUGCUUUCAACAUUGACUCAGGAGGUGGAGGAAAUUUGGGUUUUCUCCCUUUAUCGGCAAGUGGUCGCCAGGGGGGCUCACUGCCUAUUCUUCAGGCUCAUGGAGAUGUCGUCACUGAUUUUGACUUCUCACCAUUUGAUGACUACUUGUUGGCCACAGGAGCUCAAGAUAACAAGGUGAAGUUGUGGCUCCUCCCCGAGGAAGAGUCUAUAGAGAAUGUGUCGGAGGCCGUGCUGUCUCUGCCUGCGUACGAGCGGCGUGUGGAGAACGUGUUGUGGAACCCGUGCGCUGACGGAGUCCUCGCUGUCACGACGGACAAAAGUGUCAAGAUCUACGACAUUUCUGGGUCCGGCGGAUCAGAGAUCUUCUCAUUCUCUGAUCACGGUGACCAGGUGCAAGGCGUGUCUUGGCAUGGCGACGGAGGGUUGCUGGUCACGACGUGUAAGGACAAGAAGAUACGCGUCAUCGACCCUCGCUCUAACUCUGUGGUGCAGGAGGGAGCCGGACAUCCCAACGUGAAGGACUCCAGAGUCUUGUGGCUGGCCGGGAAAGAGUUUAUAUUGUCUACAGGUUUCAGCCAGACAAGAUCUCGGCAGUUUCGUAUUUGGGAUCCAAGAAAUUUGUCAUCUUCUCUAAUGUCAACCGAUAUUGAUACUUCAACAGGCACCAUCAUGCCAUUGUAUGACGCAGACACGAACAUGACAUUCCUCAUUGGCAAGGGUGACAACAGUCUCAAUUUCUUGGAGUUCACCGAAAAGGACCCAUACCUUUCAUCUGCCGGUGUCGACCGAACUGAACAGAUCAAGGGAGCAGCUCUGGUGCCGAAGCGAGCCAUGAAUUUGAUGGACGGAGAGGUCAACCGGGUGCUGCUGUUGUGCAAGAACUCGGUCAUCCCAGCCCCGUACAUUGUGCCUCGCAAGUCCUACAGAGACUUCCACUCCGACCUCUACCCAGACACCCGCGAUGGACUGCCAGCACAGACCUCUGACCAGUGGGCUCAGGGACAAGCCGCACAGCCAAACUUUAUCAAACUGGAACCUUGCAAGCAUCUGGUCCACCGAGAUCGGCGCGGAGCCCUGCUGAAGGGCAGUAACUCUGGCACAGCUGUGAGCAGUUCCGCUGUGAAACCUCAAGCCACAGAGAGUGCACGUAAUGAUUCUGUGACGCAGCCGAGUAAGCCACCUCCUGCUGUGAGCAGUCCCCCACCAGCCCCUGAACAGCCCAGCAACACCAGCCAAAGUAACUCAUCUCCCAGCCCCAAACCCCAGCCUCAGAAGCCCCAGCAACAGCCAAAACAAGAACCAAUCCCAGCCAAACCAGAAAAACCAGCUGAAAAGCCAGCUCUGCCUCCCAAGAAACCGGCCAAACCUUUUGCAGGCGUGCGACAGUCCAAGUUCCGUCACAUUCAAGGCCAUCAGCAACACGCCAGCGGCUCCAUCACCAACGUUCGCAGCGUGUGCAAGACGGUGCCGGGGGAGAGCGACAUGUUUGCCGCCAACGUCAAGAGGUGUGCGGUGCCUGUUGAUGGGGCAGGAGGCUGUUUGUAUGUCUUUGAGUUGUCUGAAGGAGCCCGCCAACCUGACACAGGUGUUCCUGUGAUACAAAACGGUAGCAAAGUGACCGACUGUGCCUGGGAUCCCUUUGAUGACAGCCGUUUGGUUGUUGUUCUGGACAAUGCGAAAAUCAACGUGUGGAGAAUCCCUGACGGAGGCCUCACAGAGUCGACUGACGAGCCGGAGUUUUCCUUGAGAGGUCACAUGGAAAAGAUUUACUUCGUCAAGUUUCACCCUCUGGCCUCAGACCUCAUCAUCACAGCGGCGUACGACAUGACGUUACGGAUGUGGGACCUCAAGGAACAGAAGGAAGUGAUGCUCAUAGAGGGGCACGAUGACCAGGUGUUCUGUCUGGACUGGAGCAGUGAUGGCAAACAGUUUGCCACGGUCUCGAAAGACGGCAAAGUGCGGGUGUUUGAACCCCGUAAGAGUACUUCAGCCCUCAGGGAGGGUCCCGGCCCUGUUGGUAGUCGAGGUGCGAGAAUCGUGUGGGCUUUGAAUGACAAGUUCCUUGUGGUCACUGGCUUUGACAGAACUUCACUGCAGCAGGUCUACAUCUACCGGGCGUCGGAGCUCAAAGUUCUGCACUCUGUGGACGUGAACGUCUCCCCAGCCAUCCUGAUGCCGUUCUACGACAGAGACAGCUCCGUCGUCUUCCUGACGUGUCGGGGUGACAGAAUGAUCUACACACUGGAAGUGGCGGAGGAUGCGCCGCACCUGUUUGAGUGCGCACCCUUCAAGUUUGACUCGCUGCACCAAAGCGCGUCGUACCUGCCCAAGUACACGUGUGACGUGCGUAAGGUGGAGGUGAUGCGUGGCUGGAGGCUCACCUCAAACAGUGUGGACGGCUUCACCUUCACCGUGCCCCGUGUUAAGAUGGAGUACUUCCAAGACGACCUGUUUCCCAACACUGAUGUCACAUGGGAGCCAACCAUAACGGCAGCAGACUGGCUGGCAGGGAAAGACAAACGACAAAAAACUAAGAGCCUGAGGCCGAGCGACAUGAAGCCUUUAAGUGAAGCCCCUGUAGAAGCCCCAAAAGCAAAGAAAUUUGAGAGCUACAACGCAGAGACUUACAAGACAGAUGAACAGAGAAAGGAAGAGCUUGUGAGUGCCAUGGCCGGCAAACUGGAGAUGUCCGACGCCCCCCUGCCCCAGGACCUGGCUGAGGGAGUGGACGAUGAUGAAUGGGAUGAUUAACGUAGAACAGCUGUGAGUAGAUACAUCCAGGCAGAGGAGGAGGAGAGGGCAAAGUCCUGGAGGAGGAAGAGGAGGAGGAGAGGGCAAAGUCCUGGAGGAGGAGGAGGAGGAGGGGAGGGCAGCAGUCCACCCACAUUCCACGGCUGCUUGGGGAAAAGUUUGGAUGUGUUUUUGCUUGUCUUUGAGAGUGAAUGGGGCUGUUGAUAAAAAUGAAUACUGGGUAAACUCUUUACCUCUUUUUUUGCUCAGUUUUAUAUCAUGUCACCAGUGGUGUCAGGUGCAAACAAGCCUAGCCUGAGAUGAAAAGAGAAUGUUUGGUUU